AGAAUCUGUGUUAUUGUAAGAAUUGAUUGUUGAUUGAUCAUGACAAACUUUACACAGGUUUCAUAUUUCACUUUUGGUGCAUACUUUGAUAUUGGGCUCUUUAAAUACUUAUUGUUCACGAUUAUUAUCUGUUUUUAUGCUGUAAUUAUUUGUGCCAAUGUUUUGCUGAUUGUGGUUAUCUGUAAGAACAGAAGCUUACAUGAACCGAUGUACAUUUUUCUGUGCAGCCUGUUUGUAAAUGAAUUGUUUGGUAGUACAGUAUUGUUUCCAUUCCUUCUGGUUCAGAUCCUCUCUGACAUUCACACUAUUUAUGCUCCCUUCUGUUUCCUGCAGAUUUAUUGUGUGUUUGCAUAUGGAACUGUACAAUUUAUUAAUUUAUCCAUCAUGUCUUAUGACAGAUAUCUUGCUAUCUGUUAUCCUCUGCAAUAUAACACACGUAUGACAUAUAAUAAGGUUGCCAAGCUUAUUGCUCUAACAUGGUUAUUCCCAUUUAUUGAAGUUGCUGUCACAAUAUCUUUGAGUUCCUCUUUACAGCUGUGUGGGAACAUCAUUAACAAAGUUUACUGUGACAACUACUCUAUUGUCAAACUGGCCUGCUUUGACACCACAGUGAACAACAUUCAAGGACUCUUUAUCACUUGUCUUGUAGUCUUUUGUCCUCUCAUUGUAAUUCUUUACACUUAUAUGAGGAUUCUUAAAGUGUGUUAUUCUGGUUCUAAACAGACCAGACAGAAAGCUCUCAGUACCUGCACACCUCACCUCGCUUCUCUGAUCAACUUUUUCUUUGGUUCUUUCUUUGAAGUAGUACAGAGCAGGUUUAAUAUGAGCAGUUUACCCAUGAUGUUGCGUAUUUUUUUGUCAUUAUACUUUCUGACUUGCCAACCGAUCUUUAACCCUUUAAUGUUUGGUUUGCAAAUGUCUAAAAUACGUAGCCUAUGUAAAAGUCUUAUCUUUGGUAAAAUGUAAACUAAUGUUAAAGAGCAAAUUGCGGGUUGCAGCACCUGUGAAUU